GUGCUUGAUUGGACAGGCAAAAAAUGGCAUUCCGGAUUCUCUUCCAUCUCUCUCUCCUCUUCCUUCAUCUGUUAUUAGCUCCCCGCGGCAUUAAUGCAAAUUUUGAAGGGGAUGCUCUUUAUGCACUGAGGAGAGCAGUGAAAGACCCAGAUAAUGUUUUGCAGAGCUGGGAUCCAACCUUAGUAGAUCCUUGUACUUGGUUUCACGUCACCUGCGACGGGGAUAACCGAGUCACCCGACUUGAUCUUGGAAAUGCAAAGCUGUCGGGCAAUCUUGUUCCAGAGUUGGGAAGGCUUGCGCGGCUUCAAUACCUGGAACUAUACAUGAACAACUUGGGGGGAGCAAUCCCUGCUGAACUUGGAGGGCUCAAGAGCCUCAUAAGCCUCGACCUUUAUCACAACAAUCUCACUGGCCCUAUUCCUGCAUCCCUCUCCGAUCUCUCCGCUCUCAGAUUCCUGCGACUCAACGGCAACAGACUGACAGGAAGAAUACCCAGACAACUGACCAAGCUUGGAAAUCUCAAGAUUCUAGAUGUAUCAAACAACGAUUUGUGCGGUACAAUUCCAUCCACGGGCCCCUUCUCUAAAUUCGGAGAGGAAAGUUUCGCAAAUAACCCCAGGUUAGAAGGUCCCGAGCUUAUGGGAUUUGUGAGAUACGAUGUCGGAAGCUGCAAUUAAAGCUGUGCAGUGGGAGGAGGAGUGGGGGAAGCUUCAAGCUUCAUUCGGAGAAUCAUGAUUUUGAAAGAUGAUUAUACUACUAUUAGACGUAAAAAGAAGCAGGGAUAUGCCAAAGUCGGAGACUAUCUCAUUCUCGCUCUACUUUUGCCUCUUUUCUUUUUUUUUUGUGACUUUGUCAAUAUAUAAUAUUUCUCCAUGAAAAUAGAGUAUACAUUCAGUCAGUACUUGCUAAAAGAAAAGAAAGGGAACGUUCACUA